UGUGAUGCCUGCACCAGCUUUGACCUCAGUCUUACCUCAACUCGUGGGUGUGCUUGUCCAGAGGGGCAGGAGGGGGCAGCCAGGGAAUUUGGUACAGGAUGUGCUGGGGGUGGUACUGCAAGACAUGCCCCCCCCUCCCAAGGGACACACAGUGAAGAAUGGAUGCACUGCUCCCUCUGGAGCAUUUCAAAGUUCUUUCCCUGCUUGUCUAGGUGCCUGUAAAUGUUCCUGGGUGGCUGGGUGGCUGAGGCCAUAUCUCAAAGAGCUGCCAGGGAAGAAACUUACCUGCUACUGGGGAGCCUACCCAGUCCACCAAAGUGAGGCUCCGAGGUGAAGUGAUCUCCUCAGCAACCCCUGCCCCUACCACCUUUUCCUUCUCAUCUCUUAACAAUCAUUGGCUCUGUCUACACUCUUUGUCCCCUACCCAGGGUCUCAGCAGCCCUCCUCCUGUCUGGUUGACUUGUUUGGUUGUAUUUUUUGUUUUUUUCCAGUGCCAGGGAUUGAACCCAGGGCCUCCCUCAUGCUAGGCAAGUGCUCUGCCACUGAACUCCAUCUUCCCCUCCCCUCCUCCAUCUGGGCUGGGUCUGUUAAUCGCCCAAGGAGCCUUCUCUCCAUUUCCCACGGUACUCCAAGGCCCCAGGGACUUCUGGCCAAGGCUGUUGCCUCGUGGCCUGGGUGUCACCUUCAUAUUGGGCUUCUGGAAGCAAGACCAUGCAUUCCUGGCAAGGUUGUGAGAAAGGAGGAGUAAGAUAUGCCAAAGUCAUACAGAAGAUCAGGAGGCUGAGGGAGCCUGCUUCCCUUUUGUCUCAAAGCAGGGAAAAAAACAGGUCCUUGAAUCAUGAUCCCCCCAGGGAAUGCCAAGAUGACAGCCCCUAGGGUUGGGAGGCCUCACUCCAGCUUUUCAGGGUUAGAUUUGCAAUCCAGCAGCAGAGGAGAACUAAGGCACCCUGGGCAGAGAAGGGACAAUGCAGCCUAGUGGUCAAGGGCAUAAGGCCUGUAGAGCUCACUUUUAGGGGGUAGCUGACCCAUCACCUGCCACAAACAGGCUGGGCCAGUACCCUUGGGAAAGAGCCUCGGGGCUCCAAAACCUGGACCGAGGCCCAGCAGGUCCCCUGGCGUGAGGAGCCGAGACAGGCGUCUCCAAGUCCACCCAAGGUCUCUAGCCAAGUCAGCCCGACCCCCAAAGGAAGAUGGACGGAGGGCGUUAGGGGUGGACAGUUCCAGCCAGAAUUGGAAGCGCCUCUGAAAAGGUUCUAGGUCGCCGUGCGCGAUGACGCACUUCCUGUCUGAGGCAAUCGCUAUUCUCACAGCUUCCGGCAGGCGGCGCUGGAGCCGCUGCAGGCCGAUAGCCCUAGAGCAUUAUGGGACCUGCAGGACUGGCUCCGCCCCUUCCUCUCCGUGGUUAAGGUCGUGCUGGUUUCCUGGGCGGCCUCAGACACCAGAAGUGGAAGCAGUUGGCGGUGCGGGCGCAUGCGGACUGACGGCACGUCUGGGCCUACUUGCGGGCGGCGAUCCGGCACUCAGCGGGAGUUAUAGUUCUUCGGACACGGAAGCCGAGGCACAAGGGCGGCAUAGGACUCAGCUUCCCAGAGGGCCGUGCGUGUGUGGGCGGGGAGCGCGGCCCAAGUGUUUUUGGUUCCGGAACCCGCGGCCACCAGGGUCCCGGCCGCCGGGAGUGGAGCCCAGGAGGGGUUAGCUCAGGCGUUAAAGACAAGGGCCCUGGAGCCGGCAGCGCUGGCCGCACCCCGCAGCCUCAGCCUGGCGGCCUGGGCAAGUCCCCUGCUACCUCUAAACAGGCGCAGGGGUGCCAUUCCCCUCCGUCACGAGCGCCCCGCACCGGGAGGCUGCGUGUCUGGCCUGGGGUGCCCGGCAUUUGUACGGUACCAAUCGCGCAGCACCGUACGUUAGGUACUAACUGCAGCGAGCCCCACGUAGGCCACGUCCUAUGCCUAUUUGGAGGCCAUUGUCGGCAUCAAAUAAGGUCCCACCUAUCAAGCAGCUCCCCACCUGGGCCUGAGAAAACACCUUACCCCAGAGGAUCUUCGUCAGGGCUCCUAGGCCCAACUAGCCAGGUUCCACUGUGCACCAGAGGCACACAGCAGACCAGACAAACUACUGGUGUGGUGUGGCCUGGGGAAACAUGGCUGAGGCGGGAGCCGGUGAGCCUUCCCCAGAUUCGGAGGCUGAGCAAGUGACAGAGUGUGACACCCUGCCUUCUGACUCCAUCUCUCUUAGUGACUCAGACUCAGAUCUCAGCUGGCCAGGUGAUGCUGAGGUGGAAUCACUGUCUCCAGAGGUACUGCGUGGGGAAGCCCCAGAGCUGGAAGAACCCUCUUCUCGCCCCAUAGGCACUCCCACCACAGCAGUGCAGCCAUUCCACCUCCGAGGCAUGAGCUCUACCUUCUCCCAGCGAAGCCACAGCAUUUUUGACUGUCUGGAAGGGGCAGCCAGGCAGGUGCCGCCCCCUACAGCUCAAACCAGCAUGAGUGACAAUGGUGACUUCAAGCGGCCCCUGGUGCCCUCAAGCCACCCUCCAGUAGGAGGCCUAGGCAGGGCCCAUAGGAGCCCUGACCCCCCAAGGGGGCCCCCUGUCCCUGACUAUGUGGCACACCCUGAGCGCUGGACCAAAUACAGCCUGGAGGAUGUGACAGAGGCCAGCGACCAGAGCAAUCAGGCUGCUGCCCUGGCCUUCCUGGGCUCCCAGAGCCCUGCCGUUCCCACUGACUACACACCUUCCUUCAACCAGGACCCUUCCAGCUGUGGUAAAAGACGAGUAGUCUUUACCAAGCCAGCCCGGGCCAGUGAGACCAGACCUGAGAGGAAGAGGGUCUUGACGAGAGGGGACUCAGGGAGCGAGGGCCCUGUAGAGCUGACCCACUUAGCAGGGUCCGGAAGCCCAGAGCGUGAGGAAUGGAGCAGCCCCCAGGGGUUGCAUGAGGUGGUGAUGCCUUCAGGGGCUGCCCGCAUUGGCUCCUCACCAGGCCCCCCAGGGGCAGAGACAGUUGGCUUCCAUGUCAGCAAGAAGCGAAGCAGAGAGCACUUCCGGAACAGGGACAGCAGCCCCGAGGUUCUGGGGUCUGAGAAGGAACACCCAGCCUGACUACCCCACCAGGCUGCAGGCAGGGGUAGUCAGAAUCACUGUCACUGGGUUGGCAGGGGGACCAUCCUCUUUGGAAGAAAGCCAGUGGGCUACCUGUAGGAGGCAUCAGCUCUGGGCAUCCAUCUCUAGAGCAGGGUCCUUACCUGGACCUGGAGGAGGGUUGGGGGUAGGCAGGGACACCAGAAGCCCUGGUUCUCUGAUGUCCAUGGGGGCAGCCGGGGCGGGGAGGGGGGGAAGAAUAAAUAUUUCGGAUCUUUCUCCA